AGAAAAUAAUGGAAACUGAUCUUUUGGAUGCGGACGAGUGUUCAGAAAAUGAGAAAACGUUAGAAUCAAUCGAAAAAGUGUUCAGUGCCUCGCAUUUAUUAGUGAAAAUCCUCGAGUUUUCCUCAGCUCAGCAUCGUCAAAAGCUGUACAUAGCCGGCUCACGAUCAAGGCAAGGUGAUUUGAAAGGAUUUUUAGAUCUUCGAUUAGUCAAUCAACAGUUUAAUGAAGGAGUUUGCAUAGCAGUACGAAAAGAGUUUAAACAUAUUCAAAUUGAUAUUGACGACAAUUUUGUUCGUUGCAAUUAUUUCACAAUAGGAUUACAUCACAAACCACCGGAACCUGGAAAUCGAGAAAAUGCAAACGUGGAAGGGGAGGAUGGAAAUCCGGUUGAAGAAGAUGAAGAAAUGCCUGCACAUGAGGAUUUACCAUCUGAAGAUACAGAAGAUGUCAGAUUUUUAGUAAAAUUUUUGAGAUGGCUAGCAGGCACAUUCGAUCCAAUUGUAGAAAAUUUCAAAGUUUUCGACAGUUGGAGCUUCAAACCAUGCUCAUUACCUCCAUCUUGGGCAGAUCGUCUGACAGUAUUCAUCAGUAUGCAUCCAGAUAUGGAGUACUGUAACUGUGAGCAAUGUAUUAGAAUUGCUCGGAACUGCAAGGAAUCCUUUGGACCGUUAAGCUUCAGAAUGGUCGAAGAUGCAUUGAGGGAUCAAAAUAUUUCAUAUGGAGCUCUUACAUUUACGGAUGCAUUUCUAGCCGAUAUCGCAAUCGCUUAUACAAUUUCCAUCGACAAUCGUGACAGGUUCGACGCAAAUCGAUUUAUUCGAGAUUUCGGCGGUAUUCGAGUUGACGAGCUCACUUUCGCUGUGCAGACACUUGCCACAUAUAGAGAUGAACGGCCAAAACCACAACCAUUGGAAGUUUUGCAAUUAAUUUUGAGAUUAUGGGAAGCGAAAACCGUGGAAUUUGAAAUUGUAAAAUUCAUGGAGAAUGACUAUUAUUUGCAAAGAUGUGCUUGGGAGAGGUCCGGUGCAUUCACUUUAGCUCAUUUUGCAACGUAUAGUUUUCAACAUUUUGACGAAUUUGUUCAUGUUGUUCCAUACAAAUUCUCAGGGACUUUAGAUAGAGAUCUACGAAACGAAAUUAUGCCAAUUUUUGAUCUACGAAUAGAUCCAAGUGAAGGACCUCUACGAAUGGGAAGUAAUCUUUCAUUAUUGUCUCUGGCAUCUCAAAACAACGAGAAUAGUACUUUCACAUGGAUUAAUCAAGGACGUAUUGCAUUCAACAUGUUUCGCGCAAAUCAUUACAUGUUUAUUACGUCGGGAAUUGUCGAAUUUCGUGGAAUGCUCGGAACGGCAAACUGGCUCAAAUUCACGAUUCGUGACAUGAUGCGAAGUACAUGGGGACCACGUGGAAGCAAUGUGACUGAAAGAGGAAAAACAGUUUAUUGGAUUAAUUUUAUGGAGGAUGUUGGUGAUUGUAUACAAAUAGUUUGGUCAGAACAUGCGAAAGAGCUGUUGGAGACGAAUUUCCCGAAUCUCGUAGUUACAAUGAAUUCUUCACAUGCAUUCAGAAAUUGUAGUAAUCGACGGGCUGCCACGUAUAACGACUCAAAACGGCCCGAUGUUCAGAAAAAGCCGAUCAACACAUUCUACUGCACAUUUUACGAUUCUGUCCGAAACAACACGACGCACAUGAAAUUAAUUCAAAUUGCAAAUUGAAACUUUGUUAUUUGUUUAAUUCUAAAGUCCCCCAAUUGUUUUGUAAACAAUGCAUGUCUCAUCAGAAAAUCUCAAGAAUUACAGGCACAUUCCAAAAAUCGCUAGAUCAUUUCAUUCUGAAACAUUUCAAACCUCUCUUCCCGGUUGUUUUUCUUUUUUCUUAAUUGUGACAAUAAUUUCUUCCAAAUCUACAUUGUCUAAAUCUAAAUCUACAAUACCCAUUGAUGAAAUAUUUCUUCUUCUAAUUUUAGAAAGUGAAAUUGGCGAAUUUCCAAUAAAAGUUUGUUGUUAAAAACAACCAACAGAAAAAAAAAUC